AAAGGAAACUUGCUGAGUCGUUUUCUGAGAAGAGACCAUAUUUGUUCGCGGAGGAAGCGUUGCUUUCUGGGAUCUGGCUACGGCAGAAAAGACGUUGGCUCCAACAAGGCUGCUCCAGAGGGUAACCGGGUGUGGGAAGAACCAAGGACACCCCCACGCUCUGGAUUGGGGUUCUCUGUCCAUGGGUGCCGCACCCAUGCUCAGCUUGUGAGCGUCCUCCCCGGAGAGCAGCCAUGGCCUUGAGAAAUGUGCCCUUCCGCUCUGAGGUCCUGGCCUGGGACCCCGACAGCCUCGCCGACUAUUUCAGGAAGCUGAACUACAAGGACUGUGAAAAGGCCGUGAAGAAGCAUCACAUCGAUGGGCCACGGUUUUUGAACCUGACAGAAAAUGACAUUCAGAAGUUCCCUAAGCUCCGGGUGCCGAUUCUCAGUAAGUUAAGUCAGGAAAUCAACAAGAAUGAGGAGAGGAGGAGCAUCUUCGCACCUCGCAAACCCCAAGUCCAUCGGUUUCCUGAGGAAAUAGAAAGCCACGAGGAGGAGAAUGGAGGCUGGUCGUCCUUUGAAGAAGACGACUACGAGAGUCCCAAUGACGAUCAGGAUGCGGAGGAUGAUGGCGACUAUGAGUCCCCCAACGAGGAGGACCAGGCGCCCCUGGAAGACGACGCCGACUACGAGCCGCCGCCCUCCAAUGACGAGGAAGCCCUGCAGAACUCCAUCCUGCCUGCCAAGCCGUUCUCCAACUCCAACUCCAUGUACAUCGACCGGCCCCUCUCCGGGAAAUCCCCCCAGCAGCCGCCCGUGCCGCCCCAGAGACCGAUGGCUGCCCUCCCUCCCCCACCAGCCGGCCGGAGCCACACGCCACUCCCCACACCCCAGCCCAACCACGAAGAGCCUAGCAGAAGUAGAACUCCCAAAACAGCAAAGCUCCCGGCCCCUUCGAUAGACAGAAGCACCAAGCCCACCCUCGACCGUUCCUUAGCUCCAUUUGACAGAGAGCCCCUCACACUAGGAAAGAAACCGGUGUUUUCUGACAAGCCCCCGACCCCAGCAGGAAGGCCUCUUGGGGACCAUUUACCCAAGAUACCAAAGCCUCCUUUACCCCCGACCGCGGAAAGACACGACAGGAGUAGCCCCCUGCCCGGGAAGAAGCCACCUGUGCCCAAGCAUGCACGGGCACCAGACAGAAGAGAGAAUGUAAGUACACAAUUGCAUCAAAGACCUUUGCCCCAGCCAACACUGCUCCCCAUGAGCUCCAACACUUUCCCUUCAAGAUCCAACAAGCCAUCGCCCAAGCCCUCCCUCCCAUCAUCACACAUGUUCGGAGCAUUCUCAGAGAGCAGCAGCAGCUUCCCGCAGAGCGCCUCCCUGCCGCCGUACUUCUCUCAAGGUCCUGGCAACAGACCACCGCUCAGGUCGGAAGGCAGGAACUUUUCCUUGCCGGUUCCAACCAAACCCCGGCCACCAUCCCCUGGGGAAGAAGAGAAUUCAUUAAGUGAAGAGUGGUACGUUUCUUAUAUUACCCGACCGGAGGCAGAAGCUGCUCUUAGAAGGAUAAACCAGGAUGGCACUUUCCUGGUUAGAGACAGCUCAAAGAAAACACCAAGCAAUCCGUACGUCCUCAUGGUGUUAUACAAAGACAAGGUCUACAACGUCCAGAUCCGUUACGUGGAGGAAAGCCACGUUUACAUGCUGGGAACUGGGCUCCGAGGGAAGGAGGACUUUCAGUCUGUGUCAGCUAUUAUCGACUACUUCCGGAAAAUGCCGCUCCUGCUCAUCGAUGGGAAGAACCGAGGCUCCAGAUACCAGUGCACGUUGACCCAUUCGGCAGGUUGCCCGUAGCACGUUAGCCGAGCAGGCGAACCUUCCCUGACUGUUGCCGGUGCAGAUCAGCCAACCUGGGUGGCUGCACAAACACUCAGGACUGAAUCGAACCCCUCAGCAUGAACACGAGGGUCUGGUCCUUUCGCUUAACAAAGGUUUGGAAUGAAGACUGUCACGUGUCCCAUAAUUUAUUUAUUCUUCUUCAGUGUUUGUGAAGUGCAUGAGUGAUAAUGUGCACACUGGCACUGUAGUCGUGCACUGUAAUGAUCUGUGCAAAUAAUGUGCAUUUUUGAUACCUGUUUCAAAGUACAGUAGUUUCCACAGCUACAAAAAUAACUUGGGGCAAGUUUCAAAACAUUUAAACAAUAAUAGCUUUUGUUAUCACAUGAAACUGAUUUUUUGAUAGCCAAACCUUGUCCAUCAGUGGCAAUCAUGAGUUUUUAUAUGUAUACUAUAGUAAUUUGAAAAUUACUAAAAUUAACUUUCUUAGCAGCAAUAAUUUAAAAGGCUUCAAAAAUAUUUCAUCCUUUCUUGGUGUUUCUUUUUGUUGGGGGGAUUUUUGUAUACUUUUUUAUGAAAAGAUAAAUGCAUGUUGGAGUAACUUCCUGGAAUUAAAAUUAAUUUGCCUUUUGCUUUA